AUGUCAAACAUCAAUAACUAUAUAUCUCAUCAACUGAAAAGUGAUCCCAACCACCAGCAACAGUACCAGUUUCCGUUGCCUUCCACCCAAAAUAAUGCCUAUAACAAUAUUCCAAUGCAACAAUCACAGUCGUACAGUAUGAAUAACGAAAGCAUUUAUUCUCAGCAGAUGGAAAAAAAUACUAGUAACUCUCACUACAGUUUACUGAGUCAAUCGAAUUUACAGAACCUUCCGUUCAAUCCGCAAAUUUCAACAUCCGUCACUCCAUUGUCGUCUUUGAAUCCAAACUCUGUACCGUUGAUGAUGCAAAAUUCCAACGCAACUUCUCUUUUACCACCAAACAAUAACCAAUCACAGCUUUUACCGGCUUCUGUUGCAAUGACCCCUCAGUUAAGCGUUAACUCUCAGAUGGGCCUAAAUGAUUUAUCUUCACCAGAACUAAACACAAGCUUAAACAUGAAUUCUAACUCAAAUGCAACUCCAUCUCCGAUUGAUACUUUUGGCAAUUAUAAUCCAGAGUUAUCAAACGUUCCCUCUCGAACUGUUUAUUUAGGGAACAUUCCCAAAGAUGUUACUGCCAAUGAAAUUUUAAACCAUGUCCGCUCGGGUACCGUUGAGUCAAUCAAGUUAAUUCCAUCUAAAAACUGUGCAUUUGUUUCAUUCUUGGAUGAAAAACCGGCAACCUUGUUUCAUUCCGACGCCAUCUUGAAAAGGUUAGCCAUCAACAAUCAGGAUAUUAAAGUUGGUUGGGGGAAGCCAAGCCCCGUUCAGCCUGUUGUUGCUUCAUGUGUUCAAAGAUAUAACGCCACACGGAAUGUUUACAUUGGAAACUUACCGGAUGGAAUUACGGAGAAUGAAUUAAGACAAGAUGUUAAAGAAUUUGGUGAAAUCGAUACCAUAAAGUUAUUACUAGACAAAAGAAUAGCUUUUGUCCACUUCACGUCUAUUAUCGCAGCUAUAAGAUGUGUCCAGUCUUUACCUUUGGUGGAGAAAUACAAAGACCGCAGGAUUUUUUAUGGAAAGGAUAGAUGUGCGUUCAUAACCAAAACCCAACAACACAACGCUGCGCAAUACCUUGGAUUAAAUCCAAACCAGGAUAAUUUUCUCACUCAAGUUAACAGAGAUCUAAUUGCCAAUGCAUUAGUCCAACAAUCUAAUGCUGCAGCAAUGAUUGCUACAUCUACCGGUGGUAAUGCAAAUUUAGGCAAUAGAACGAUUUAUUUAGGAAAUCUUCAUCCUGAUUCAACAAUCGAAGAAAUUUGUAACGUCGUCAGAGGCGGUAUUUUACAGAAUAUCAGACUAAUCCAAGAAAAGCAUGUUUGCUUCAUAACUUUCAUUGAUCCAAUUUCGGCUGCGCAGUUUUAUGCAAUGUCUUCCUUACAUGGGUUAAUUAUACACAAUAGAAAGAUCAAAGUUGGUUGGGGUAAACAUUCCGGGCCUUUACCUAAUUCAAUCAAUCUAGCUGUUGGUAAUGGUGCUUCGAGAAACAUCUAUAUUGGUGGAUUAGACAAAAUUCCCGAGAUUGUCUUUUCGAAAGAAAAGCUUUUCAACGAUUUUAAGGAAUUUGGUGAUAUUGAGCAAAUCAAUUUUUUUCAAGAGAGACAUUGUUGUUUUGUUAACUUCACCAAUAUAUCAAAUGCCAUAAAGGCAAUUGAUGGCAUCCGGAAUAAUCCGGAUUACCAGAAAUGUAAGAUUAAUUUUGGUAAGGACAGAUGUGGUAAUACCCCAAGACAAUUUCAACUUGGUAGUAACAGCAGCAGCAAUAGUAACAAUCACAACAGCAGCAUCAGCAGCAACGGUAACAGUAAUGCUAAUACUAACAUCAAUUCUGAUUCUACCACUUCAUCAUACAUUAAUGACGGCCUGUCUACCCAUUUGAAGAACAUCAAUUUGCAAACCAGUAGUACAAAUGCAAAUUCCACCCAGUUUUCUUCUCAUGUUGAACAAUCAAGCGAAGGAGAUGAUGAUGAUGACGAUGAUGAUAACGAAUACAUUGAUGAAGCCAAAAUAAGGUACCAGCCACUAGGUAUUAUUAUUGAUAAACAAAGCAACAGUACACAAAAUAGCAUGAAUGGUCAUUGA